AUGGCUCACGCACCUCGAGAGGUCGUUGACUGGCUGAACAAAAAAUACCCAAGGCCACAAGUCGACCCAGAAUGGCUGGAUGCGUGCUACAAUUGGCUCACCACCGAGUUCAAUCCGAAUCUCUUGCCCCUCGGACCAAAUACACUCCCAGAACUCCUCACCCAAAUCGAACUCCAGCUCCUCCAGUCCGAUCUCUCUGCCUCCACCCUCCCUAACACCGGUUUCCCACCCGAUCUUCCCACUCUGGACUAUAAACGCGUCAUGGGUCUACCUGUUCUUGUCGAGAUCAUCGCUGUGACGGAUAUAGGCCACAGCGCGUUCAGCUUACAGAAUACGAGACAGGCGAGACUGGACAAAGCUGACCUAGCUGGGCUGGCGGCGCAGAGACGGGAGAGGGACGGAGAACGGGGUGUUGGGGAGGGUGAACCACAGGGAGAUGAGGAGGAUGAAGGUCCGAUUCCCAAGUAUCCGCGAGGGAUGCUGAGGUUUGAGUUGAGCGACGGACAUACGAUCAUCAAAGCUAUCGAGUUUCGCAAGAUACCUGAACUUAUGCUGGGUGAACUGGAAUUGGGCUACAAGGUACGUCUCAUUGUCUGA